ACUACAAUGCUCUUUCGAACAACAAGUAAUUCAGCCUCCUCUGUUUCUGUUUUGGCCUCAAUCCCAACAAAUUUUUGUUCAUAUAUGGAUCGAAAUUCUGAAAAAUCGAGAUGUUCAAACGUCACUGGCGACUAUUGGCCUCUCAUCCAAGAGAUAUCUUUCAUCAGCAUUUAUAGCCACGAUAAAAGAUUUGUCUCCAUUGAAUGCUUUUUAUUAAUCAGGGUUUGGAUGCAGUUGAGACACUCAUUCAAGGUCUGGUCUUGUUCCAAGGAGGAAUUCUGAUGGUUAGUCAUGAUGAGCAUCUAAUAUCUGGAAGCGUGGACGAGCUCUGGGUGAUUUCUCAAGGCAAGGUGGCGCCUUUCCAUGGGAAUUUCCAGGAUCAUAAGAAGAUACUUCAGUCCUCAUUGAAUCAGGCGAGUUUAGCUCUUGUCAUCAACCAAGAGUGUUUUAACAUGAUCACAUCACAUCACCCUACAAAACAUAGAAUGAGGCUUUGUUACAGAGAGAAAACAAAAAAGGAUGAAGAGAGGAUUGCUGCUGAUAUACAGGAUGUACUCACAACUACAGCAGCCCUCGUUUGUCAUUUUGAUUAGGGCUCAUGGAAGGAUGAGUCUCAAGUUUUUGACAUUGAAUAUGCAGUAUCAUUUGCCAACAGCUUAAAAAACUGAGUCUGGAUUGCAGUCCUGGUAAUAAUUUAUGACCCUUUGCCCAUUUUUAUCUUAGUGACAGGUUCGUUUGUUGUGCCCCUGGAAGUUUGACACGGAAGUGCUUUUUAUUUUGCGCUAAUAUUAACUUUCAUUUUCUUCUUUUUUGUCCUUUUUUAAACCCUAAACUCUUGAAACUUUUGCACAAAUGCACAAUGUUGACAUAUGAAUUCACAUAUUUAUUUUCCAUAUUUUAAAAAAAUUUGGAUAAGGUUGUUAACUUUGACAUGAAAAGAAAAGUUUCUUUUACUUGAACUUAAUUCUACACAACCGAGUCCUUUGAUUUGCCGGAGCAACCUAGGGGAUAAUUCUUUUAUCAUGUGCUACAUAUUAUGUUCUUUUGUUCUUUUACAACAUCCCACCUCUGUAUGUCUUUGCAUUAUCCCAGCAUCUUUUUCCUUGUGCCCUUGCUCAUUCGCUGCAGUUGUU